AUGCAAGAGCGGCGGCGGCGACGUGACAGCGCGUGGGCGGCUGUGCUCCGUGUGGCAGGCAACCAGGCGGGCGGGCGAGCAGGCUGGCGACCCACCCACGCUGCCCACGCGCGCACUGCUCACCCCUCGCUGCCGCUGGGUCUUUACGAUCUGCCCCAGGGGACACAGCGCGUGCUAGGUGGACCUCGUCGCAGCCGCUAUUUGGUCCGCGGCGGGUUCCAGCCGCGCCUUCCGACUUCGCUGCCGCCCCCAGGGCAGCAGCAGCAGCCGUCGCCGCUACCACGCCGACAGCCCGUCCCGUUGAUGCCUCCCGCGCAGCUUCAUUCGGGAGCGCCCCUGGUGGUCGCUCCGGCGCCUGCGGUCCCUCUUCAGUCGCCACCGCCUUCGGAGCUGAUGGACGUCGACCCCUCAGCCGGGCCGCCUUCCCAAGCGGUGGCUGUGCAGCCUGUCCUGCAGCCGCUUUCCUUGGGCUCCCCCAAGGAGUCUGACACCGCAGCGCCUUGUCCGGCGCCCACUCAGCAGCCGUCGACGCAGCGUCAGGAGACGCUGCCUCUCUUCGUGGGUCCCGACGCCCCGUCGCGUCCACUGUGCCGCCUGCUGGCCGCUCUCGCGCAGCUGGGAGGUGUGGCUCCGAGCCGCGGGCAGUUAGGAACGGACAACAGACGUCUGCUGCGUGCUACAACGUCCGAGAUGGCUUCACCACAAGUUAGCAGCGUGUGCAACAAGAACCUGAGACGUGUUCUUGCGGGCCGUUCCGCCACGGCUAAGUUGUAG